UUUUUAUUUUGAAAAAAAUAAUAUCGAAAAUUCAUGACAGAACAAAUUCCAUUUCAUCGUACAUCGACAUUAAGACAUCGUGUCAGUCGGACUGGUUCAGUUGGACAAGAUAAUGCCGGGGCUGGUGGGGUUAAUAUCACUGGAAGUAUGGCUGCGUCGACUGGCGGUGCAACUAGUGGUCUUCAACAACAGUCGAGUGUCAGGAGACCAUCGAUAAUGCAAAAAUAUAUGGGUGAAAUUGAAUUUACCGGAUUAAAUCAAACGGCUAGAUUUUGCAAAUUGAACAGUGAUACACCAGAUUCUGUAUUACGUGAUAUUUUAAAGCGUAAAUGGGGUUUAAAACCACCGACAUUGAUUAUCACUGUAUUCGGUACAGAUUUUGAAAAGAAACGUAAAUUAAAAAUGAUCUUUAAAAAAGGUUUAUGGAAAGCUGCAGAAAGUGGUUGUUGGAUUGUCACAGGCGGUUUUCAUUUGGGUGUGAUGAAAUUGACUGGUGAAGCUGUACGUGAUUACACUGAUGCUUAUGGUGGUAAUCGGAUGAUGGCAUUCGGUGUAGCCAGUUGGGAUUGUGUUACAAAAAAUGAAAUACUUGAAGCUGCAUUACAUGAGGGUACAGCUGUCUAUCAAUCAGAAGAGGAUGAAGAAGAAGAAGAAGAGGUUGAUGUCAGUGAACCAAUUCUUAUGGAUCCAUUAACACAAACCACCGGACUGAAAUCAAUGCGUAGUGAUAUUGAAGAACGUGCUUUAGAUCCAAAUCAUAAUUUCUUUGUUCUUGUUGAUGAUGGCACUACAGAUCAAUUGAAAGGUAAAGAAGCUGAAUUACGUUCAAGAUUUGAACGUUGUAUAUCAUUGUGGAAUUGUGCAAGUAAUCCACAAGAACAGUUGACAAAUCAACAAAGUACUACUACACAAAGUUCUACAACACAUUUACAGCAAUCACAACCGCCUCAACCAGCACAGAAUGGUAUUACCACAUCAACGAACAUUGAUAAUAAUAAUAAUAAUAAUAAUAAUAAUAAUAAUACUAAUCAGUCAAACACAGGAGGAUUACAACGACAAGGUAGUACAAUGAUGGCUGGUGGCCAAGUGAGUACAACAUCUGGUCCACAGACAAGUGUUACAUCAAUAGGUAAAAAUUCUGCUAUAACCGGUGCUUCAUCAAGUAAUUCUGCUUUGAGUAAAGGUGUCAGUGAAUUGGCAGUGAGUAAUCAACCAGUGUCGACUUCAUCGACUACACGUGGUGGUGCUGGCGGCGGCGGUGUAAAAGACAAACUUCCGACGGAAUCAAGUUGUUUAAAACCAGCUAAAAGUGGUAAAUCCGUUGGUAGUGAAGAAGAGAUUUUGGUACCGAUGUGUGGUUUAGUAGUUGGUGGUGAUCGAUUCACACUGCGUCAAGUGUAUUGUUCAAUGAUACGUAAUCGUUGUCCAAUUGUUGUAACAAAGGGUACUUCAGGUGCUGCAGAUGUUAUAGCAUUUGGAUUAGAUGCAGCGAAUAAAAUGGCAUCGGAAGAAGUUGUCGAUGAUAAAGAUCAAGUACCAUUGGAGGCUAGGAUUGAAUCAAUCAUUGAAGAAUUUCUUAGUGAUUUACAUCCGGAUUAUACAAAUUAUACAGAUGAAGUGAAUAUGUUAUGCGAAAUUAUUAAUGAUUAUUCAAAUCUAGUGUCAGUAUUUGAUAUGGAAGAAGAUUCUGAUUUAGAUGGUUAUGUGAUUUCAUCAUUGCUUGCUAGUGCUGGUUCAACGGUUGCAUCGGAUCAAAUUAAUUUAGAACAAUUAGAAAUCACUUUAACAUUGAAUCGUGCUGAUAUUGCACGUGAGAAAAUAUUUUUAGAGAAUAAAAAAUGGAAAAAAGGUCAAUUGAACGACUACAUGUAUCAAGCGUUGAUGAGUGAUCGACAUGAUUUUGUCAAAUUAUUCUUAGAACAAGGUUUCAGUUUAGAAGAUUUUCUUACUGUUUAUAUGUUGGAGAAAUUAUAUACUGAUCAGUUGAAAAAUUUGAAUUCAAAAGUUGCAAUUUUCAAUAAAAUGUGGGAAUACAAUCGUUCACAUCGAACAUCGAAAGUGGCUUUACGUGAUGUUGGCAAAGUAAUCAAAGCGUUAGUUGGUGAUUUUUAUCAUCCUUUAUAUUUAAGCAAAGAAUUUCAAACGAAAUUAAUGCCUGAAAAGCGACUAGAAGGCGCUGAUAUAUGUCAACGUUUUAUUCGUUCACGUAAACUAAGACAUAGUGAAGAUUCCAGUAAUUUCUCAUCAUCCAUCUCGUCAUCUAAUAAUAAUAAUAAUCUUCCUUAUAAUCAUCAUCGUCCUCAUCAUUAUGGAGCAAUAUGUCCACGUACACUUGGUCUUAAGGAUAAUGUACGAUUUAUUGAUCAUGGAGAAGAUAAUGAUUAUGUGAAUUUGAAUAAUAUUAAAUCGGCAAUGGUGACCUCGACGACAACCCUGACAACGACGAUGUCGACAAUUACACCAACUACUACAACAACAGUAGCUGAACAGAUAGGAUUUCGUAAUCCAGCAUUUAUAGAAUGUGAUAGAACGAGAACUCGAGCAAUAAUUCGUCGAGGAGCUACAAGUGUUGAACCAGCUGAAGAGAAUAACGACGAGGAUGAUUAUGAUGAAGAUGGUGGUGAUGAGGAUGACGACGGAGAUGGAAUAUACAAGAAUAAUACUGAUGGAUACACAGGGAAUUAUCGACUACCACGUAGUUCAACUGCAAUGACUACAGUGAGUGGUGAACCAUUGCUUGCAUCUGGUGUCGGUUUUCGUCAUAGUGAAAAAGUCAAUGCAUCAACAGUAACACUAGUUGGAGGUGGUAGAGUACGAGGUGGAAAUAUUCAACAACAUCAGCAUCAAUAUGAUCCGAACGAAUCAUCACGUUCUCAUUCACGUAAUCCUUUCACAACUCCGAUAAAAGAUAUCACUGAUGAUAAUACAGAGAUUCAUCCGAAAAGAAAUAUCUAUUUGUCAGCUACAAGAAAUAAUAAUGGUACACGAAUCGGGCAUAGUAAUAGUCGCAAUCGUUACGAACAAACCAAUGAACAUGAUAUGUUGAUUCCAGGUCAACCAUUGAUUUACAAUGCAACUGUCACAAAUAUCAAUCGAUCUGGUCAUGGUAUACGUGGUCCACAUACAAGUCUCGGUCCUGGUCAUUUUCGUUUAGCUGGUAGAGCCCCACUGGCUUAUGAUGCCACAUCAAUGGGAACAACCAGUCCAAUACAAUCACCAAAACCAAUCUUAAAUGAAAAUUUACAAUUUUCAUUUGACAAUGAUCAUGGUCAACGUACAUCCAAUCAAAAUGAAAAAUUCACUAAACCCGUGUUAUUUGAUCAUGAAGACGAGGAUGAUGUGAUUAUCAACGCAAAACCGUCGAGAUCAUGUUUUAUGUCAUGUUUACAACGAAUUUCAACAUUCUGUUGUCGAUUAUUUAAAUGUAAUACAGAUUCACAGAAACCAAUGAAAAUCUCUCAUCUUAGUCAAGAGAUAAGUGGGAUUAAAGGUCCAAAAGAAUUUGCUACCCUUCGUGCGAUGGCAGCAUUGGCUGCAGCCACAGCGGCAACCGCUGUAGCCGAUCCAACAAAAGCUACUCAAGGAGAUUUGAUAAUCCCAUCAAAUUUCUUUGAACCAGAUGAGGAACAAACGAAAUCCAUUCAAUUGGAUCGUCCAGCCAGAGAAUUAUUAAUUUGGUCGAUACUGGUUGGAAAAUUACGUAUGGCUGAAUUAUUUUGGACUAUGGAAAAAGAACCUAUAGCAGCUGCUCUAUUGGCUUCAAUUUUAUUGACAUCGUUAGGGAAUAAAACUGAUGAUUUCACUGACAAAGAGGAUUAUAGAAGUUUUGCAAAAAAUUUUCAAGAACGCGCUGAAGGUGUGCUAAAUGAAUGUUAUCGUGAAGAUGAACAUCGGACACAGUUAAUUAUUAAUCAUGAAUUAAUUUAUUAUGGACGUAGUUCAGUGAUUAAAUUAGCUGCUGAAGGUCAAAGUAUCAAAUUUAUGGCACAUCCAUGUUGUCAAGAUUUUCUAACUAAUACAUGGAGUGGGAAUUUAUCAACAAAGAAUAGUGUAUUUAGGUAUAUUAUGGGUGUUAUCUGCGGUUUGACUAUGCCAUUUCUCAUACCAAAAGUUAUCUUAUCCAAACCGAAAACAAGUCCAACUACAGAAGGAGAAGAAUCCGGUGCUACCUCAGAACAACAAGGAUCUACACAAACUGAUCAUACGUUAAAAUACAUGUCACAUGCAGAAGAUGCUGGAAAAAAAGGUGUUCGAAAAACAUUACAAGCUAGAACUUUGGAAUAUAUUUCACAGAUUCGUGAUUUUUAUAUGGCACCAGUUGUUCGUUUUGUGUAUAAUACUAUUUCCUAUAUUACAUUUCUGAUAUUAUUCAGUUAUCUUUUAUUAGUGGAUUUUCGUAUCAAUAUCACUGUUGUUGAAUAUAUUGUCAUAGCAUGGGUGAUUACAUUGUUUAUUGAAGAAAUUAAACAGAUUGCUUGGGCUGUCUUAUCUGGAAUCAGUUUUCGAACAUACAUUUCUGAUGGUUGGAAUAAACUGGAUUGUGCUGGUUUAGCGUUGUACAUUGUUGGUUUUAUUCUUCGGCUGAUUGUAUUGCUACGACUGGGUGGUAAUGAAAAUGGUUUUGAUUAUGAACAUGAACGAUAUUACAUUGUCACUGAUCCUAUAUUGGAUCCAUCACGUAUAUGUUUGGCAAUUAGUUUGUUCACAUUUUAUAUACGUUUAAUGUAUACAUUCAGUUUUCAUAUUGCAUUAGGACCAAAAUUGAUUAUGAUUGGGAAAAUGGUAACAAAUGAUUUAAUUCCAUUUAUGAUUAUUUUAACUGUGAUUAUGGUUGGUUAUGCAGUGGCUGCACAAUCAAUUGCAUAUCCAAAUGGUUUAUUCACAAAAGAAAAUAUGACAAUAAAUUCCGAGAUUAAACAUAUGACAUUUGCUGAUAUUAUAUUUUCCAUGUAUACAACAGCUUAUUUUCAAAUGUUUGGUGAUUUCAGUUUGGAUGCAUUACAAGGCGAAGAUCGUACAUGUCAAAAUCAUAUGUGUCCUACAAAAAUAUCACGUUGGCUUGUACCAAUUAUGCUUGGAUUCUAUGUUUUAUUAACUAAUAUCCUUAUGUUCAAUUUACUUAUUGCUAUGUUUUCUAAAACCUAUGAAGAAAUUGAAAGUGCAUCAACAUACUAUUGGAAUUAUCAAAGAUAUCAAAUGAUCAAUGAUUAUGUGCACAGAUCACCACUUGCUCCACCAAUUAUUAUUGUUUGGCAUUUCUAUGAAGCAUACAAAGCAAUUGGUAAUCAAUGUGCAAGUUUAAGAAAUGCUGAAACAGCAAAAUAUAAUCCAUUUUGUGUACGUUUUACUGAUUUGAAAAAAGAACGUGAAAUGGUCAAAUGGGAACAUAUGAAAGCGAUGGAUUAUUUACGUGAACCAUCAACUAAAGCCACUGGGAAACGAGGUGUCGCUGAAUCACGUGCUGUAGUAUUUCGUGGAGGCGGCGGUGGUGGAGGCGGUGGAGGUCUUGGUCUUGGUCAAGGACCAAUGAUGGAUAUAAAGAGUGAGAUGUCCAGUGUUACGGAGGGUAUUGGAAUGGAAUUAGAGAAACGAUUUAAAGAGAUCGAUAAUCAGUUUCAACGUUUUAACGAUGUCGAUUCACGGCUGAAUGAUGUAACACAAUUAUUAACAAAUUUAUCGGAAGUAAUCAAUAAUGUGACUGAGACUCAACAACGAAUUAUUCGUCAAAUAAAUGAACUACCUACAUGUCAGUGUAAUGAAUUCACUGAUGAAGUUGUUCCUGUACAAAAAUCUUCUACACUCCCAACUGAUACAACCACACCGGAGACUAGAAAACGUACAAAACUAGAAGUAGCUAUUCAAUCGGCAUUAGAAGCAGCGAAAGAUGUUUUACGGCCACCAACACCUCCGCCACCACCUCCACCACCUCCUCCACCGCCAAGGGAAUCACCUGUAUUACUGGCUGCUGUUGUCCCAGGAUCCGAAGAUGAAUCCAGUGGUUCCGAAGAAGGUGGAGGUGAUCCGUCGGCUGAUCCAGUAUUAGUACCACAAGUUCCAGAUAGUAAAACCGGUCGAGUUAUUGAAAGAACAUUAGGUGAUCAUAGAUUAUGGAGAAUGGCACCGUUUAAUUUUGAAAAAUAUCCUGGUAUGAGAAUGAAUGUACCACCGGAACGUAUGGCAUGGACUGUUGAAUAUCCUGAUUAUUUCGCUUAUGAUGCUUGUGAAGAAGUGUUAUUGUUUCCAUCGGAAGAGUCAAAUGAUGGUGCAAAUUUCACACAUGGCAACAUCGUAUUUACUUUUGAACAUAGUGAAACUUUACGAACUAUCAAUUUCAAUCAAUAUGAUUCGAAGGCGAAACUACGCAGACAAAGUUUACUUGGUCGAUAUCGUUUAGAUUCAACAACCGGAGCACCAUUAAAUCCAAUGGGUCGAACUGGUUUAUUAGGUAAAGGUUUAUUACCACGUUGGGGACCAAAUCAUUCAUUUGUAUUAUGUAUUACAAGAUGGACAAGAGAUACACGUACCGGGGCACAAGUGAUACGAAGUAAUCGUGGUGUAUUACAGUAUUUAGCAUUAGAACGUAAUAAAAGAUUAUGUAUGCCAUGGUAUUUAACAGAUCAUACAAGUAAAUGUGAUUUUGAUGAAUGUGUACCAAAGAUAAUAAGCAGUUUAAUUACUCGACGUGGACGUGCUAUGCUUCCAGAGAAACGUGUUGAAAGAUUAUUAAAACGUAUUGAAAAAGCUGAAGUUACACAGAUUUUCAAAGGUUACUUAGAUGAUCAAUUGAAUGCGGACAGUGCAUGGAUGGAAACUGUUGUGAUUAAUUUACAUGAAUCUGAAAGUAAAGGAGCUCAACUACCCGAUGAUAUACUGAAGUUACUCAAUGAACCUGGUACAGAAGAACAAUCCAAAUGGAUUGAAGUAUCACAUAGUAGUAAUUUACGUACAAGUCAUAAUUAUAUUUUAAAGAAUGUAGCAGAAUUUCGACGAGCAUUUUAUUAAUUCACAAACAGACUCUCUCUCUCUGUGUAGGUGUGAUAAUUUCAAAAAUUCACUUUUGUUUUAACUGAUCAGAGUGUAUAAAACAACACACACACACACACAAUUGUUUUUUGCCUCACAAAUUAUUACAGUAUUACAUUCACCUUUUUGUCAAUUUUAAAACAAACAAACAAACACCAAAGCUACAUAUAUUGAACAUUGAAUGAUGAUGAUGUUAGUUUUUUUUCUUCCUAAACACUUUCCAUUCAUUCAAUGAUUCUUUAAUUUCUUUUUCAAAACUGCUGUUCAUUUGUGUGUGUGUGUAGGUGUGUGUUUGAGUUGUUGAACAAACAAACCGUAUAUAAAUAGUAGGAUUGAUUAUUGAUAAUUGAACGGUAGUUGAUACAUUUCUAAUCAUUAUUGUAUAUUAUUUUCCUUGACUUGAUAAACAGCGGGCGGAAUGAAUAAAUGUGUUUGUUUUUUUGUUUAGAAGUAAACAGAAUAUCUUGUAUUAAUAUAUAUAUAAAUAUAUAUAUUUCAGAGAA